CCACCAUCAUCGUCAACUAAACAUAGCUUAACUGAGGAACAGCUUGUUGUGCAUAUGGAAUAUCUGGUAGAAAAAAUUUAUGUUAGUAUAGGCAAUAGAGUGUGCAGGCAGUGCAUGGGAAUUACAAUGGACACGGAUUGUGUUCCAUUAGUAGCAAGUUUGUUUCUAUUCUAUAAGGGGCAUAAUUAAGGCAAAUUUGGUGUUAGCUAAAAAAUUCAAUAAAACACUGCAUUUCAUUAAGCGAUAACUGACAUAUACCCCCGCGAACUCCAACAGAAGAAAAUUACGGAAUGUCAAACACAACUGUCGUACUUAGUAACUAUAGAAAAAGGGAAAUACUCAACAGCAUUAUAUGACAAGUGGGACAAUUUCAUUUUGAUUUUGUAAAUUUUUCAAUUCCAUCUGGACCUACAUGUGGAGUUUAUAUUUCCCAGCCAGUACUAAAUAGCGGGUAGUAACUAUAAUAUAUACUCAGUUUUCGAUGAGGGACUACAAACUUACACAACGACCACGUAUAUAGUUCACCAAGAAUUCACAUGCUCAGCAUUGUGUGUAGCUUUUCGGAAGCAAAGAAUACGGUUUUAGACAAUUAUGGUUGUAGUAUACGCAAACAUAAGAUUGUGUAUGUUUACCAACAAUGGAUCCGUUCCUGAGUCGCCAUUUCCCACGCAGAUCCAUUUAACGGUACGUAUUUUAAUUUUACACCGCGUGCAUACAACUGUGUACUGAAUAGAAUCAUUGCACAGCCGCUCUAUACUGGAGCCGAGCCUUGUCUGCGCUUUAGUUGUCGUUCUUUCUUUCUAGAUUAUAUUUUAAUAAAUGUCUAUUUUUCUACAAAUUCUUUUUUUAUUAUUACUUUGUUUACUGACUCUUAUUCAGGUUUUCUAUUUUAUAUAUUUUUAUAUUGUAUUUUUCUACAGCCUCUGUAUAGCAACUGUCAAUGUAGUUGUGUGUCGUGAGGCUUGAACACUCUUUGUGUGGGGAGAGUUGGCAUGCCAUAAAAGACUCUUUAACUCACCGCCCCAGUUCUCAAGGCUGGGCACCUGUUGUCCUACUUUUUUUAUGUGCAAGUGUGCCGUUUGUCUUGUGUGUGUACCUGGUGGGGGGGUUGAAGGUUACUUCUAGUUUUCUCUAUAAACUUACUUUUUAUGAUCUUUGAUUUGUCUGCACAAGAAGGAUUAUAAAUGGGGAUUGCAUCAUGUGUAGUGUGUGUUCCUUUUGUAAUGGCCCCCCUUGUGCAUUUUCUUUGAACGGUUAAUUAUUAUCACUUUUUUCCAAUGUAGGGUGUUGUUGACCUCGUUACAGCUGGAGGUUUGAUGUUGGAGGGAAAUUUACGAUAUGCUGGAGGACGUUCUACAAUUCCCUCUUUAAGAAGUCGUGCAGAUCGCCAUUUAUACACAUUUCUGUUCAAAAGGCUGAUGUUAUUAACAAAGAAAGACGAUGAUGGAUAUCAAUAUAAAACACACCUAGAGAUUGCAGAUAUUCAACUUUCUCAGCGAGUUGAAAAGGAAACAAGUGCAACAUUUCAAGUGCGACAAGUUUCAACUGGAAAUUUUUAUAAUUUACAGGCUGAAACUCACAAAGGGAAGGAAAAGUGGGUAAACACAAUCAAGAAAUUGUUGAUGGAGAGUUUACCUGGCCUGCCUGAUAAGGCAAGGAUGCUGAUUAUGGCUGGAUUUCCAACAGAUAACUCUUCAAAACGUUUGAGGAAUGAAUCAAGUCAAGCACAGACUUCAAGAAAUACUAGAGCAAAACACAGAAAGAGAUCAAGUACAUCCCCGGGUUCACUUACGAGCCAACUAGUCCAAGCAAGCCUUGUUGCAACCCUUCAGUUGGAACCAUUUCAAGAGCAAUCAGGUGAGCAACAUAAUGAGGGAGCUGAGGUGUGUAAUUCAGCAGAGAGCAUAGUUGAUGAUUUAAUGGAGCUGGCAAUUGAAACCCCUGAGAAGAAAACAAAGGAUACAACUUCUGGUGAAGCACCACAGAUGUUACAUUUAUCACCAGCUAGAGUAAAGAGGUCUGAAAAGAAGAAAAGUGUUGUGGAUGCAACAGAACAACUUACAAAAUAUGAUGAUGAACCAUGUCAGCCAUUCAGUAAAGGUUUUAGCGGAUGUCGUAUAGUACAGAAUUUGUCAAUAGUUAAGGAAGCAAAUUCAAAGCAGAAGACUGCAGAAGACAAUAUGAGCAUUGAUGGUGAUGAAGUGACUGUCCCGCAUCUUACAGUAUAUUGUACAAGCACUGAGCAGCCAUCAGACACCAGUUUAUGUCUCAACCAAGGAGAUAUGCAAACUCUUAAAGUGUUACUUUGUAUUUCUCAAGAGAGUGUUACUGAAACAGAUGAAGAAUCACUAGGAACACCACGAUUAGCCCCACCAUUGGAAUUUACAGAUGAUUACAUUGAUUCUAUGACCAAUACUGGAAUGAUGCAGUGCACACAUGUUGGAAGAGGUUUGGACGAUGAUGAAUUUGUACUCCCAGAAAGUAAUAUGUGCCAAAGCAAAGUAAGUAACAUUGGUGUAAGUACACCGAGGAACCCUCCUACUGAUCACACGCAAAAAUCAAUACUUAAUUGGCAAACAAGCCCAACAUGCCUCAAAAGUCAAAGCAUACAUUGCCAGGAACAAUUUUGUUUAUGUGAGGCUUCCAUUAUAUCAAAGACCUGCACAACUCAUGAAAAGCAAAAUACUGUGCUGCAUACAAAUAUAGAACACUAUAGCUCUCCAAAACUUGAAGAACAUCAGCAUAGCUCACCAAGUUUAGAAAACAGAGGAAUGUUUCCUUUUGUCUUGCAGCAGAGUCAGACACAAAAAGCAGCAAAACCAACCCUAAGACAUAUGAAUCCAUACACAGGGAAUCCUGAAGAAGAAUUGUCUUUUGACGAAGUACUGCAACACUAUGAUAACUAUGCUUCUUCUACCGGUAAAACUGCCAGAUCAUGGUGUGUUAAUCAGCUGUCAGGAUCACCAAGUCUCCCAAAGGGAGAGAAACGGAGAAAAGAUAGGAAGAGAAGCAUGACAGUAGCAAGCUUUGAUAGAAAAACGCUUCUUGCAGCUGUAGAAGGAACAUUCUCUCAGCCUUCUACCGAAUCACCAAAGAAACCACACUCUAAAGUGCAGCAUUUGGCCAGGGAGUACUCUAGACGAAUUAAAGAUAAUCAGAUGAACAAGCAUUCCCCAGUUAAUGAUAAAGUAUGUGCUCUACCUAACUGGGUACCUGAAGGACCAGUAGAGCGGUUAGUUAAAGGUAACAAAGAAACUACUAAUCAUCCAGUGGAAAAUUUAUCGUGGAUGAGUAAAAAAGACUCAGGAAGCAGUCCUACAUUGCAUCCAGAGCAGACAUCCAUGACUGUUUACCACAUACCUCCCACAGAUGUCCAACUACAGACAAGUCCUACCACAAAUACACAAAGUAAUAAGGGAUUAAAAGGAUUGGUGAAGUCUCUUGUUGUAAAGUUUGGUGGAGGAAAAUAACAGGGAAGAAUCAAAACAUGGAGGUAUAUACCUCACCACCUUUUUAUUUUAUGUAAUGUUUGAUCCGACCACAUGAUUAUCCUCACGCUAUCACAUUAAGAAAUUAGGCAGAAAGGGGGUGUUGGGCUUCUAACGGCUUGGUGACCUAUAUCAAACACACACUUGGAACAUGUGAGAUGACCCAAAACUAUUAACAUUCUUUAAGACACAUGUCUGACAAACCUGCAUGCAAUGAGGUGUAUAUUUAACCCUUGUGUCCAUCUGUCUGUUCCUGCCACUAUGUGCAACAAAGCAUGCUUAAGUACUACAAGUAAAUAGAAAUUCCUGCG